UAUAUUAUUUUUAUGCGAGUGGAUUCAUGGAAAAGACCGAUAAGGAGAGUUUGAGGUAAUUUUUCGAGAUUCAGCCAUUGCACAGGAGAAAUGACAAAUGUAAUUGUACAAUACAAACGAUUUCAUCUUGUGGAAUUGGAAAGGGCAGAAAUUACAUUUACCAUCCUUGUCAAGAUACUGAGACGAAUUAUAAACUUACAAUUACGUAUGAUAACAGUGGCAUAAAUGUAUCAUAAUGGUGCAUGGUUUACACCAAGCUAAUGCUCGUUAACGAACCCUCGUUGUUUUCCCCACUUUAAUAAAAUAUAAAAUAAAAACCAUUCGGUUAUGCCUUCAUGACGAAAGAAACUGUCAUUUAAAGUAAACAGAACGGAAAGUGAAGCUGUCGUUUGAACUUAACCAAACAUGUGCAAGAAUGCGCCAUGAAAUCAUACGCUUAUUCAUUCGGCGAACACAUGUUCGCUUACGCUUUUAUUCUUUAAUUUUAGUAGAGUGGGGAGAGAACAAGCAUUCGUUCGUUUAGUGAGGCUUGAUCUAAACUGUGACACGAUCGUGGUUUAAAGUAGUCUAAACCACCUAAACCACAGUCUAAAUGUAUCAUAACUCUUUGUGGCUGAAUAAGCACUAGGAAAACAGUGACAUGAACGUACAUAAAAUAUUCAUUUUAAACAGUUCCUUGAAUCAAUUGAAGUGAACUACAAGCAACAAAAGUUUAAAUAGAAAUACAUUUAUCUUUAAUAAUACGUUAUCAAAACAGUGCUGCCAUCAGUAUCGAGGCUUCCAACUAUUUGAUGCGUUAAGACGUCUAAGCUCAUACAUGCACCAACACAUUAAAGAAUAGCUUAGUCGUUGCAUUACAGAAUAUUAAAUUAGUUGUGUGUAGUAUGAAAGUACAACUGCCACAUUGCCUUAUAAAACAUGGGAGAUAAAGAGCAUCAUGUGCACUUCAGUGGAGGAAGUAGCCUCGGGAAAGAUAACAAUAUUAUGGUACAACCACAACGACAUGGACAGAUAGAUGCUCAUCUCGGAUUUCUACAACUUUAUCACAGAUAUCACGUAGAAUUCUUGAUACCUUGGAACUUGUGUACACAUAAGGAACGGAAGAGUUCCGUACCGGCAAUAGUUACCGGAACUCACAAUCCUAAUUGCCAUAUUGUAGACUUGAUAAGUGAAAAGGAAAGCCUAAAAUUAAAAAUAGAAUUACUAGCAUAUAAAGAAAAGAUCUUAAAGGAAGAGGUGCAAAUAUUGUGCUGUAAGAGUGGAAGUCCACUGAAGAUUCAACUAAACAGUCGUGUAUUGGGACAAGACAAGGGCAGACCAUUGUUAAGGAACGGGAUACGCAGUAUCGGCGUGGAGCAAUCGAACGAAGAUGAGGUGCUGGGUACGAAAUUGAGGGCAUCUUUAAGCAUGCAAAGCAAACAGAGCCUCUGAAGAAAUUCCGAGAUCGAUGCAUACCAAGAAGCGCACGUAUCCAGUCGAGGAUGUAUAAUGUAACAGAGGAUAAAACUUGAUGCACGAGAACGUUCCUUAUUUCGAAAUUUAAUCAUGCAAAACGCAGAAUUGCGUUACAGUGAAAUUCGUCGUUGCGGUCAAUUAUCAAUGAUCACUGUUUUAAUCGUAAAAGAAUCACAUGUGCACGUCACGUUCAAUCUCAAGCAUAGCGCAAGCAAUGUUUUAUCUAUCGUGAUUAAUUUAACUACACAGCCUGUUCUAAGCUGCACGAUAUAACUUUCGAAAUAUGCGAUGUUCAGUAAAAGAAGAAAGAGCUUUUCUUUGAAUUUAUUGCAACUGGUCUGAUUGUACAGGCCUAUAUCACAACCGCAAGAGUUCUUUCCUCUUCUGCAUCGAGCAUUAUUAUUGCAAUAAUCUCGAUGCAAGAAAUGAAGUGUUCCUUUAAUUGGCCUUUUUUUUGAGGAUCACAUCGAUAUAUAUGUAUGUGUAAUUACGAAUUACCGCUAAGUACCGCAUUUGCCUACUGUUCCUUCUUAAACGAAAACGUAUCACGCAAUGCCUAUAUAUAUAAAUCUAUUACAUCUUUUAAUAUCUAUCGUCGAUCUAUCCGCAAUAACAAAAUUGUAUUUUAUUAUCGUUUUACAUUGAGCGUAGAUUUUAAACGAUAAGGAUAUAUCACUAAUCAAAAGCAAGUUUCGCAAUGAAUGAUGAUGCUGUUUUCUAAUAUCUUGCUAAGCUGACACGAAUUAUUAAAAUGAACAAUUUCAACGAACAU